GUUCCUCUCAGUAAUUAGAGAACUCUUUCUGGUAUUACCGAGACUUUGAUAGACAAUUUUUUCAACCAUUUGCAGCUAUUUAUAGCUCUGGCACCAUAUCAAGUAUUUGUUCUAUACUUCUGUUAGACUUUGUGUUGGUAUCUUAAUUGUUCUCUUUAUGGAAUGGUAAUUUUGCAGGUUGCAUGUUUAAAUUCCAACAUGCUGAUUUCAAAAAAGAAAGGUAAAUGCUUUUCUGCAUGAGGAUUUAUAUGUACAUAGAUUUCUUCUGGGUUUUGAUACCUUUGACUAGAGCAUGGACGAUGUCCUGUUGAAUACCAAUUGGGAAGAUGUGAUUUGCCCUAUAUGUUUAGAUUACCCCCAUAAUGUUGUCCUUCUUCAAUGCUCAUCUUAUGAGAAAGGAUGUCGUCCAUUCAUGUGCGACACAGACCACGCACACUCAAACUGUCUUGAUCGUUUCAAAAGUGCAAAUGGGAUGUUAGGAACUGCGAAAGACCCCUCAACAUCUGAUCCAGCUUCCACAGAAAGCACACAGCCAGUCACUAACUGCCGUCCAGCUUGUCCAUUGUGUAGAGGGGACGUAACAGGGUGGGCUAUCCAGGAAGAAGCCCGUUUGCAUUUGAACAAGAAGCAACGAUGCUGCGAAGAGGAAUGCUGUUCAUUUGUUGGCAACUACGCAGAGCUUCAGAAGCACGCUAAGCUUAGCCAUCCACAUGCUCGUCCAUCAACGAUAGAUCCUGCUCGGCAACUUGAUUGGGAAAAUUUCCAGCAGUCCUCUGAGAUAGUAGAUGUUUUGACCACUAUCCAUUCAGAAGUACCUCAUGGGGUGGUGCUAGGGGACUAUGUGAUUGAGUAUGGGGAAGAAGAAACAGGAGAUGAGUUUGAGGACUUCCCUGGGGAUGAAGGCAACUGGUGGACCUCAUGUAUCUUGUAUCAGGUAUUUGAUAACUUCAGGAAUUCAAGAAACAGAAGACAGUCAAGAAUUAGUGAAGCAAGGAGAGGACGACAUAGGUCAAACUAUGAUGCUUCAAAUUCUGAUGAGGGUUCUGUGACAUCUGUAGAACUUGGAGACUAUAGGGUUGAUGAGACUGAUGAUUAUUCUGUGGUUGCUAGUGGAUCCUCUAGGCGGAGCUCUAAUCAACGCAGAUAUAGGAGGCGCCGUUCCCGCUUCUAUGACAGUUAGGUAUGCACUACCUAUGUCUCAUGUAAUCUUUCUUUUAUUGCUAUU